CAGAACCACUGCCUGCAGCUAGGCCGCCCCGAGUACGUUUGCACCCCGUCUCGGGGACGCUCGCCCCUGUUGCAGGAAACUCUGGAUGUUGUAGUCCGACUUCCCUCUAGUGAUAGUCCAACGAUAGGAUGGGCAGAAACGGUGAAACUACAUCUCCCACACAGCUUUGCGCGAGGAGCGAUGCCUUGUGCCCGCUGGGAAUUGUAGUUUACUGGCACAGCGUCUGUCGAGCGGCGCCGCCAGCUGCUGACAUUGCUCUUCCGAACGAAAAUAUGACCGGAUUUUAACGAAUGUUUUUUUUAACCCACGAAAAUCGUGGGUGGAAUUGCCGCCCCUUGGACAGUGUGGAGCGGUGAAGAUGAGGAACCAGCUGUGGAGCGCACCGCCCUUCCAGAAAAUGCCAGACCGACGGAUCCGCAAAGCCCGCUUCAAGGACCGUGACCUGCGUGUGCUGAUCGAUUCCGUCAUGGAGAAGCGGGGGGACAUCUUCGGUGAGGGAGGACAGCCGCCCACCAUGCAAAGCCGCCGCCAAGCCUGGCUUUUCGUCAUGGAGAAAGUCAAUGCCGUGUCUGGGACUCGCAGGACCUGGGAGGAGGUGCGAAAGAAGGUCCAUGACCUGAAGAAAAGCACCAAAGAAAAACUGGCUUAUAACAGAAGAGCUCGUCAGUUAUCGUGUGGUAGCAGGCCAGACAUCAAAACAUUGACAGAAUUCGAGAAUGAUAUGAUCCUUCUUUUUGGGAAAGAAAGCUUUGAAGGCCUUGAUACUAUGGAUCUCGGCGUCAUGUCAAGACUUAGUGAGUGUGAGCCUAUGUACUCAUACUCUGCCAUUUUGUAUCUCUUCACAGAUCAAGGAGAAACAAGUGGAUCAUCAACUACUGCUGCAAAACAGCAUCGUACACCUAAGUACCAAAUAUCAUCACCUCAAGCUGAAGCAGGCACCAGCAUAGAUACACCCGCUGGAGGAGGUGGUAGUGUUGAGGAUGAGGACGAACUCGGUGAGUCACUGAACAUUAGUGAGGAUGGGGGACCAAUAUUGGUCGAUGAUGAGAGAUCAUCCUUUGAAGGGUGGAGACCCCAUAUGCUGGGCCCUCCAUUUGAGGCAGAUGCCGAUACAGAUCUAAGUGGGCCUGCCUUCAAGCGGAGACUAUUAGAACAUGAAUUCAGCGUUGAACAGUCACUUGCCUCUAUACACACAACAGUGGAAGAUGGCAUGGUUAUGUUGGACCAACGGUUGUGUGCAUUGCAGUCUGCUAUUGAGCACGUGGCAACACCAGUGGCAUCUGCAGUGGAGACCUCACUAACUCAAGCCUUGGACGCAGUCGGGUCAUCAAUCAUGAAUGCUCAUUCUACUGCUAUCGAAGUUUUGGGGUCAAAACUCCAAGAAGCUGUCAAGGCAGGCUUCAAUUCUCUUGGAGAGCGCUUGCAGGCAACCAUGGCUGAGGGAUUUCAAAGUCUCAUAGAAGCCCAGUGCUCUAUGCUCACUCAGAUAAUUGGUCAGCGUGAAAAACUGGCCUCUUCUACUGGAACUGCACACUGUCAUCAAAUUGAUGGUCAUUCAAGUGGGGGUUUGGUGCCGCCAAGGAAAAAAACAGUGACAGCAGGUGCUAUCUCUGAAAGUCUGGAAUCCAGAGCAACUCAGCAUCAGAGACCUCUGGGACUGAUGCAGGUACAUCAGGGUUAGUAGCAGAUACAGAUAGCAGGACUUCUGUAUUUGCUGCACCUACAGAGUUGGCUCUAGUUGCCAACUUGUGCAGAAAGGCUAGAGGAACAGCACUGAGUCCUGAUGUUUCUACUCCCCAUUUUCCUCCCCCUCCAAACCUCCCUGUCUCAUCUUGAUGCUGAGCUGUCUCUGCCAGGCUGCAUAUGAAGUUGACAGUUGGUACAGCAGUUGGCUCUGGAUACAGCCAAUAUGUGCUGUACUCUGUGUGAUGUAUUUUAAAACGUGUUUAUUUAAAUUUAAAAUGUUCUGAGUCCUGGUGAGAAAUGCCUGUGUUGGAUGACAUGUCAGGUCGGUGGGGAUCAUAUGAUUUGCAAAACUUGAGCAGCUGAGUGAGGGGGAUCUGUAGCAACAUCUGUACUUGACUGCUAUAGGAAGCAAACCAGUGGAAGUCAAGGGGCCGGCAGAGUUUAGAAUGGUGCAGGAUGACACCCCAGUGAUUCAUUCCUCUGCAGUUGACUUUAUUCAUUCAGAUUUUCUUUUAAACAGAAUAAAGCUGCUGGGUGUUUGCUUGUUCAGAUCUUCAAUUUGGAAAAGGAAAAAUGUCCCAUAGUGAAGUUCACCAAAUGCUUAAAGCCUGUUGCGGAUAUUCCUGUGUCAUAUCUGCAUAAAUCAUUAAUCUAUUUAAGUAGCACUCAGAGGAAUGGCUAUGAGUGCUUUAAACAAUUCCAAUUUGAAUUUUGAAGUAAGGAAAUUUUACCCUCUGUUCACACUACUUGUUGAUAUAUCUUACUACAUUGUCAUAUAAAGCCAAUUUCAUAUUAAUUAACAAGUCCCUUCCCUCCUCUCCCAUUCCUUCCUGGCACUAAAACAUAACGAAAUACGAAAACUGAUUGUCUCAUUGGUAUAUGUGCUGCUUUGACAGAGUCCCACAGACUGUAUACCGAAAACGAUUAAAAGUUGGCCCAAGGCCAGUAAUGGCUAUUUUUUAUAAUUGGGAAGGGGGAGAUUAAUACAGUCAGGGAGGCAGUUAAAUACUCCUGCUCCUUGCAUCAGCACCUAUGCAGUUGGCCACGAAGCUGUUUGCCAAUGCUAUUCCUUAAAUUGCUUAGUAGUAUACAAUGUGCACAAUUAACAUGGAGAAUCUGCAUUACUAAUGAGGGGGCAAUGUGGGAGUGGAGACACUAGGUAUGUACAGCACUGCUUAGCUGAAUAAAUGCAAUUUACUUUUAAUGCAGCUCACAAUCUUUCCUUGUUACAUUUGCAGAAAAUCUGAAGGGACUUAUUCAGAAGCAAACCUAAUGGGAGUUAGAUACACUUUUUUCUGGAAAAAUAUCAAUAAUUGUGUAGCAUUUACAAUGUAGAAGCAGGUCAGUCGGUCCAUUUGCUAUUUAAGUUCCACGCAAGCACACUCCCCCCUCAUUUUCAUUUCAACCUAAUCAACAAGAUCCUUCUUUCCUUUCUCCCUUUUAAAUACGCCUCUUCUGUUUGUUUCCGUUAUUCCACAUUCUCAUCAUGCUCUGAGUAAAUAAGUUUCUUACAAAUUCUCUAUUACAUUGAUCAGUAAUGGCCUUCCCAUUAGGGAUCCUAUUUUUGGUCUUCCUCAGUGAAAGUAUUUCUAUAUCCACCCUGUCAAACCCUCUCGUUAUCCUUGGCCAUCUCUUUUCUGUGGAAAUGAGCCCUAACCUGUUCAGUAUUUCCUGACUGAUAUCAUCUCUCAGUUCUAAUAUCAUCCUUGCAUCUUUUUCUGCAUCUGAUUUAAAUAUCCUUUUUGUAAAAUUAACACUAGAACUCUGUGUUGUACUCCAAGUGUGAUCUAACCAUGGUUUAUAUCCACUUAACGUAAGUUCUCUACUGUUCCAUUCCUUUAGAAAUGAAUCACUGUGAUUUGUUGCCUUUUUAUGGUCUUAUUAAUCUGUGUUGCUACUUUUAGUGAUUUGUGUUUCUGUAUCUUGGAUCUCUUUGUUUCUGUACCCAAUUUAGAAACUUAAUUAACAAAGAGAAUGUGGCUGCCUUAUUCUUUUUAAUAAAAUGCAACAGCGCACAUUUAUCUUUACAGCAACUUGAUGAUUGUAAAUAACAUUGCUCCGUUGUGGAGCUUGAAAAAUAAAACUAGAACACAGGAUCAGGAUUAGACCAGUCAGUUGCUCACACCAGUUCUAGCAUUCAAUUAGAUCAGGUUAUUCUGUAUUUUAACUCCGUUUUUCUGUCUUAGCUACAUUAGUAUUAAUAUCAUUGUUUAGCAGAAACCUAUCAAUCUCAGUUUUGUUAAUUUUACUCAACCUCAACAGCUUCCUGAUAUCGCCGUCUGAAUGUCCUGUCUCUAAUUUAUGGUUUUACUUGCUCAUUCUCAACUCUUGUUCAGCAGGAAAUAAUUUCUGUGUCUUUCCUAUUAGCUUCUUAUGUCAAAUCUCAAUUAGAUCAAUUCUUAAUCUUCUACACUAAGUGAAAUACAAGUCGAGUCUUUACAAAAACAAACUAUUUUAAGUGUUAGAAAUUUGAAAAACUCAUCAAGUCUAGCAGGUUCUGUGGAAAGGGAAACAACAUUCAUGUUUAACUUUGAUACCAUUCACUAAACCUAGUCGAUAUUACCUAUCCUUGUAAUUUAACUACUUUUACUCUGAUAUCAUUCUGAACAGGAGAAUCAUAAUCCUAAUUCUCUGUCUUUUGGAUGUAUACAAAUCUUGUGUAUUAAAAAUGAUAUAUCUGCAUGUUCUCUGCCUCUCUGCAUGUGCCACACUUUAUUGAUCUUUGCCCAAAAUCAGCAAACCGGAGCUGAUAGGCAGAUAAUAUCAAAUUAAACAGGUCAGAAACUGUCAAGAAAAAGCUACCAAAGAAUUAUAGAAGAACCUACGGAAGAAAACAAGCUGUGUAAAAAAAAAAAAAAGUCCACUCAGCCCAUAACGCUGUUUGAAAGAGCUAUCCAGGUAGUAUUUCAGUCCCUGGCUCCCUACUCACGCAUGCACACAGUCACCCUGGUUCUCUCCUCAUAACCUGCAGGUUUUUAAUGUACAUUUUUAAUUCCCUUUUGAAAGUAACUCUUUAUUCUAGUUUCCCUGCCCUUCCAGUUGGUGCAUUCCAAAUAAUUGUAAAUUGCUACAUUUAAAAUAUUAACCUUCCCUUUCUCUACAUUUUGCCAAUUAUCCUUACUCUGUGUCUUCAAGUUCAAUGAGCCUCCUGUCAGUGGAAACGGUUUUUCUCUAACUCCUCUGCCAAAAGCCUUUGUCAACUUUCCCCUUUACUUUCUUAGCUCUGAGGAGAAUCCAUACUGCCUAAUCAGCAGAAGUUAUUAUUAAUGAAGUAAGGAAAAAGGAAGCAAUAAAAUCACUCAAAAUACUUAAUGACAAUACUUAUGUGUGCCUUUUUACUUCCUUAGCUGAACAUAGGUUCUGUUAUAAUAUUUAAAACUAAACUUGUGUCUUUUGAGUGUUACCAUUAACAUGUUUACUUAUGGGCCUGAACCCAUCUUAAAAACCUCAGCUUGAAGUUGAUAAAUUCCUCAAAAUAUUCUAUCAAUUCACGAAAGCUGCCAUAUUUUAGGGCACAAAGUCUAAGUGCACAGUUACAUAAUUUCUAUGCAUGCACCAGCAUAUAACUUGCAGCUUUUCCACCUAGUAUUUCAGCAGGACUUUUUGGCUUUCUUUGCUUUUCCCAAUGAUUUGAAAACCAGCUGGCUAAUUAAUUUUAGCAACUUCUUCAAAUAAAGAGUAAGCCAUGUUCAGAGUGUGAGAGGAGUGUUUUUACCAUCUGUUUAUAUUGAAAAAUUGUAAGCAAUAAUUAUUUACUGAAAAUGUAUUUUUCUGUUUCUCAGUGUUGAAGAGUUUACUCUCAGCUGCAAUAUUUGAAUUUGUUUUUACAAGGUAAUAUGUAGAGAAACUGGGUGAAUUAUUUAUUAAGCAUUGGUCAUUCAAUGCAUGAUUGUAUCUAGUGUUUGUUUGGAAGAAUUUAAGAUCAUGUGAACACGUAUACAGCAAUGGAUUAACAUUUAAUCCCUGAACUAAAAUAUCCUUUGUCAGUGGAGAGAUUGAGAGCCCAUCAGUUGUCUAUGAGCAAGUUGUGUCUGACCAAGAGACCUUCCAAAUCACAAAGAAGUGUACACGAUAUCAGCUUUGCAAUAGAAUUAAGGAGUCACAGAAUAGACAGUGAAUAUUUUCUUCAAACACAGACUGUUCUGCAUUCGAGGUAUUAUAUAUCUUCAAACUGAGAGUUUUACAACUUUUAGCACAUGGUAUGGAUUUUUUCUUUUCAAGAAUGGGCAGAUAUCUGUGGAAUGUAUAACAUCUAUAAGCCGAUUGGUGCUUAAUAAAAGUAUGAAGCUAUUGUCGUUUGAUGACCGUAAAAGUGAACCACAAAAACUGCAUGCAACCCAAUCGAUCCUGUACAGCCUCCUCUCAAACAUGGAGAAUUGUGGUAAAUUUGGAAGAACUGUUCCAUAGACUGGCUAGCGUGAUACAGUCAUACUCUCAGAAUCAACAUGAAGCUACCACGUUGUUGGGGAAAACCCCACCUGGUUCAUUGAUGUCCUUCAGGCAAAGAAAUCUCCCAAACUUACCAGG